CCGAGCAGCAGGAGGAUGCUGCUGCUGCUGCUCCUGGCUCUGCUGGGCCCCGCUGGCUGCCCCAGGACAGAGCCCCUGAGCGCUGGCUCCAGCCAGGAGCCGCUGUUCCGCGGCGCCGACCGCUACGACUUCGCCAUCGUCGUCCCUGCUGGCACCGCCGAGUGCUUCUGGCAGUUCUCACACCAGGGAGGAAACUUCUUCUUCAGCUACGAGGUCCAGCGGGCAACGGGGAUUGGGAACAGCAGGAGCAUCCUGGUGACAGCGAGUGACCCCAAUGGCUUCCAGCUUGGAGUGUCCCAGGACGUGCGAGGACAGAUCAACUUCCUCACCAAGGACACGGGUUUCUACCAGCUCUGCCUGGACAACCACCAGAACCACUUUGGCUUAAUGCAGGUGUAUCUCAACUUUGGUGUGUACUAUGAUGAUUUCAACAUGGAGCACAAGCAGCCAGCAGAGAGGAAGGAGCUGAACGACACCCUGGAGGCAAUUGGGGCGAGCAUCCAGAAGCUGCACAUGCACACCUUCCACAUGUGGCGCUUCUACAACUUUGCCCGGAUGAGGAAAUGGGCUGACUCCUUCCUCCUGGAGUCCAACUACAACUACAUCAACUGGUGGUCCAUGGCCCAGAGCUGUGUCAUUGUCCUCUCCGGGGUGCUGCAGCUCUGCUUCCUCAAGCGCCUCUUUCAUGCCCAAACCUCGGGCAGCCAGAGGUGCUAGAGCAGGGCAGGGAUGCCCUGCAGAGCCAGCUCACCUGGCUGCCACUGUCCCACCACAGAGUAGGAGCAGAGGCUGGAUUCUGCUUCCAGGAGGAGGCUGGAGAGUUCCCCCUGCUCCUGCCUCAGCUCUAGCCCUGGCAUCACCCCGAGAAAAGUCAAAGGCCACACUGUCACCUGAGCUCUGUGUGCUGCGUGGGUUUGUCACAUCCCUACCCAUUGUUGGUGUCUCAAGGGGCUUUUUCUA